CUUUGUACCAAAAACAACAAAAUGAGCAGCAAUAACGGUUCUGUUAGCCUUCCAGUGAUAGAUUUCUCAAACUCAGACCUAAAGCCAGGCAAUCCUACAUGGGAUUCGUUGAAAUUCCAAGUUCGAAAAGCUGCAGAGGAAUAUGGUUGCUGCGAGGCUUUGUUCAAUAAAAUUCCUCAAGACCUUCAAAAGUCCAUGAAUGAAGCAUCAGAAGAAUUAUUUCAGUUGCCUUUAGAAACCAAACAGCUUAAUGUUUCUGAAAAACCUUUCCAUGGCUACUUUGGAUCAUCAUCUUCAUCUCCACUACAUGAGAGUUUUUCUGUCGUUGAACCUGACAUCUACAACAAGGUCGAAACCACCUUCACUAAUCUCUUAUAUCCUCGAGGAACCAUAGAACUUAGUAAAAUUCUGCAUUCUUUCUCUGAGAAAGUGCUAGAGUUAGAUCAAAUGAUAAGGAGGAUGAUUGUGGAGAGCUUUGGUGUUGGGAAAUACCUAGAUGACCACAUGAACUCUACAUAUUAUAUUUUAAGGUUGACGAAAUACAAAGCACCUGAAACUACUGAAAAAGUAACAGGACUAAAGGCUCACACUGACAAGAACAUAAUAAGCAUAUUGUAUCAAAAUCAGGUAGAGGGGUUAGAGAUACAAACAAGAAAUGGGUAUUGGAUUCCUAUAAAGUUUUCACCUCAUUCUUUUCUCAUCUUAAUUGGGGAAUCUCUUAAUGCAUGGACAAAUGGUCGAUUGUGUAGCCCAUAUCAUAGGGUUAUGCUGAGUGGAAACAAGCCAAGGUACUCUGCUUCAUUCUUUUCAGUACCCAAAGAUGGAUACAUAAUAAAGGCCUUAGAAGAGCUAGUGGACGAAGACCAUCCUUUGCUCUAUAAGCCUUUUGAUUACAGUGAUUACCUCAAACGCCGCUUUGCAGAUGAUGUCAAGAUAAAAUCUGUGCCUCCUCUCAAGAGUUAUUUUGGUUCCUGAUAUAUAUUAUAUUUUUCUGCGAAACUGUAAUUUUGCAAUUUGCAUUCUUCGAGUUUAAACUUUUAAUUUUACUUUUUGGGCCACAGGAAAAAUUUCAAACAUAUGAUCAGUCUUAAACACGUAAUACCUUGUUGUCUACCUUUUAUGUAUUAGUGGGCCGGGUUAGGGCCCAUGUAUGUCCAGCUUGUUUUUCUGAAAACCUCCACCACCAGACUUUUCUCUGUGUUUGUUGAAUAGUUGGCUUAAAUCGUAAGAGAACUUUGUUAUUCUGUUCACACUAAAAAUUAUUUCCGGGUUUCAUGUAUCAACCUGAGUAUUCACCAGAUGUAGACAAAUCUUUCGUCAACUAAAUACGUAUUUGCAGAAUUUCAUCAAUUUAGAAUAUUAUCAUUACAUCCUCUUAGAGAUGAUU